AGUGACUACUAUGUGCCUGAGUUUUCUUCCGUGACGCUUGAGACUUGCGCAGCAGUAAUAAUGUCAGACCAUGGCAUUGUCAAGCCGGACUCUGAUCUUGACUGACAACGGAGAUUAGACGCCUGUGUUUCAGCAUUUACAUCCGCACCUCGACGAUCGACGCGACUCACUGACCAUUACACUCUAGCUCAUCCGCGAGCAAUUCCAUUCUCUUUCAUCCUUGUCGCUCUUUUUUUUUUUAGUUUGCUUGCUUUCUAGCCUGAACCCGGAUGUGCUAUCUCUUCUGCUACUCUUUCCUCUCUUUCCUGCUCUUCGGUCUUGAUGCUUUCGCCAACGCAGCCAUUCUCAAUUUCACCGUCCGAACACCUUCUUUAGGCGACUCCAAUUCUCACCACCUCUACUCUCGACAAUCCACCACCACCAAUGUCACUGCUCCUGGUGUCAUUUCCAUACAUAAUACUCGUAAUGCUGAAUACAUUAGCAACAUCACUCUAGGAGGGAGGGAGAUCCCCGUUCUUCUGGAUACUGGAAGCUCUGACCUGUGGGUUACUGGAGAUGUCCCUGGUACGAAAGACUUGGGCAAAGCUAUCUCUUUGUCGUAUGCUGUUGGUACUGCGUCUGGCGAUAUUAAUACGGCAGACCUGACCUUUGAUGGGUUCACCGUGAAAGACCAAGCAUACCUACUCGUGAAGGACACCUCGUCCUUCUCGCUUGAUAUCAAAGCCCAAGGUUUCGAAGGUCUCAUCGGAUUGGGGCCUAACACUGGAUCAACUAUUCGCGAUGAAAUCGACAACAAUUCAGGCGAUAGCGUCCUCAGUCGUAUCUUCUCACAGAAUGCCACCAGCCACAACUACCUCACUAUGCUCCUUGACCGUCAGGGCGACACUUCCGACCCUUUCACCGGCCAACUCUCCAUCUCCGAACUCAUACCCGGUUUCGAAAACGUCACUGACAUGCCUAAACUUACCGUCGACAAGGUCCACAGGCUCACUGAUGCAGACCAGCAUUGGCAAACAUUCACUGACAUCAAUGGUGUGAUUGGUCCGGACGGCCAACCCAUCAAAAUCAACUCUAUCGUUCCGAAAGCUGACGAUGGGGAACUCGUCGUCAUCUUUGACUCUGGAUACACGUUACCACAGGUCCCUCGUGCCAUGUCUGACGCUAUAUAUGGCCGAGUUCAGGGUGCCGCUUAUAAUGAGCAAGGAGGAUAUUGGACCGUCCCUUGCGAUCAACUCAUCAACCUGAGCUUCAAGUUUGGCGGGAUCGAGUACCCGGUACAUCCGUUGGAUGUGUCUAGUAGUGACUUUAACAUUCUUGAUGCAACCGGUAACCCUGUUUGCGUUGGUACGUUCCAACCUAUCACGUCAGCUUUCAGCUUGCUUGGUGAAUACGACAUCAUUCUUGGAAUGGGCUUCAUGCGCAAUGUUUACGCACUGAUGGAAUAUGGCAACUGGGUCAAAAACUCGAAGAAUGACCGAAACGAUCCGUACAUCCAGCUUCUGCCUCUAACAGACAAGCAAGCCGCGCAUGAUGAUUUCGUGAAGGUUCGCAUGGGCGGCAUUGACAACACUGGUGAUUCCGCACACGCUCUUCUCCCCGCCGACCAAAUGAAGCAUUCACCUAUAUCUUCUGCUGAAAAGAAGAAACACUACGAAGAGAAAGUCCUCAGUCGAUGGCCCUACAUCUUCGUCGGGUGUUUCGCUUUCGUCCUCAUCGUCAUUGGUCUCAUCAUCUGGCGCUGCUGUGUUGCCCGUAAACGUCGUAAUGCCAAGAAAGCCUCCGCUAUGGGUAUCAACACAGCUGGACAACACCCGCAAACGUCCUACGCGAACUUGAACAAUCCAACGUCUGCUACGCCGAUGAAGGAUAUGGGUUCAGGCCAGAAGUACAACUUCGAGGAGGAUCCCUAUGGGUAUAGUCCACAUAAGAAUGUCUGAAGAGAUAGAUACCAGGAUAUGGUUAUGGAUUAGGCGAGUUGGUAAAGUAGGGAGGGAGAUUUGGACCCUGAGAGAGAGAUACUUAUGGACUUGUUAUUGUAUACUUUCGAGGAGUUGUGUCAUAGUAGUUUUGGCUGUAGCGGGUCUGCAUAUCAUUUUCCUGCCUGAACCCACGCAGGAGAAUGCAUCUGAUGCACGGUUUCAAAUUUCAGGCCUUCGGGGUUGACGUACGUACAUUGACUUUAGGUAAAUGCAUUUGAACUUGAAAGUU